AUGGUGUGGUUGAGGGCGCGAGUCGUAUUCAGUUUGUCACCUACAUACCGGGAUAUUCAACAACUGGAUCUCAACCUCACCUUGCAAACCCAACAAGCCAUGGCAAACCCAAGACAAAGACGAAAAGCACGAUCAGGCAAACCGAAAGCAACACUGUCGAAGUUUGCGAAUUCCAAGUUGAAAAAAGUCACACCAAGAAACUUUCCUGCGCCGCUAUCUAAUGCCUACAAUCCCAGACACACACCGAGACAGAACUACGAACGACUGGGACUGUUAUCCGGCAAACUUGAUCCACGACUCUCCGGCGGAAUCGAGAUCAAGACCGACUUGCAAAAUAUCUGGCUGAAUAAAUAUAAGAAGAAGGACGAAUUUGAAAUCCUGAAGAUAUCAAGUGAUGGUGAAUUGGUUGAGAACGAAGAUGAUGAUACUGAAGGGGAAGGAUCGGACGAAGAUAACUCGAUAGAUUCUCCUGAAUCCGAACAAAGAAACCAAGUGGUAGUAGACAAAGAACUGAAGCUUUCUAAAGGUGAAGGACGCAUUAUCCGAGACGAAAACGGGAGGAUUAUCAAGGUGAUAAUCGGAGAUGAAUCGGAAAUCGAACUAGAGCCGACUGCCGAAGAUCCUUCAAAGAUCGUAAUCGAACGUGAUCCUCAAUCUUCCGGCUCGACUCCCUGGGGAAAUCCACUGGACACGCCCACUUACGAGCAAGCCCCUUCAGAUCCUGGUCCUCCGCCAGCCCCCGUACUGCAAGGCAUCGGAUACCAAAACCCACGACGAGGAAUUGUGCCUCCCAAAACCAAAUUUGUUGAAGAGCUCGAAAAGAUUUCCUCGGUCCGAUUGACAACAUACACGGAGACGGUAAAAAAGAAACAACAUCUCUCCGAAAAUCAGACGAAUUGGUUGCUAAAACUGAUCGAGAAACACGGCCUCGACAAUACUCACCUGAUGGCUCGAGAUCUUAAACUGAACAAGGAUCAAAAAACCGAAGGAGAAAUCCGGCAUCUGAUCUCUAAACUGGCUUCCGAGUAA